AGAGCUAAAUCAGAAACAACCUCCAAAACUUCCACGUCGUGGUAAAAAAUCUACCAUCACCUGCAAUAACCAUACAGACGAAAUUCAUCUUUUAGAAACAUCACGUGACGCACUUCACAGAGCCAUUUCUCAAGAACGUAAAACAAUAUCGCGUAAUUUGUGUCAUGCAAUUUGGCAUGGGGCGCCAAUAAAUCAAGGACUGCUGACAAAAGUCCAGCAUCAAGAUUUUCAUCGAGAUAUUGGACAUACAUCUACGUCUUUAUCCAAAUCUACAAGUAUAGAUCCUACUGCUAAAAAAGAAAAAGCAAAAGAUGGUAAAAUUUGGUUAUGGCCUGAAGAAGUGUUAUGGUUGAUGGAACGUGGUGUGUUGAUGUUGCAAUAUUGUGAAGCUCCAGUUUCUUUGCAACAAGCCCCUCUGUUCUCCUUAUUCGAUCGUUUUCGAGAUAAUCCUAAUAACGACAAUAAAAUUCAUAAUACUGAUUAUAAUGAUGUGAUGUGUCGUCGUCCACUUGUUGAGCCUGGAACUUGUAGCACUUUAGAAGAAGUAUUUGAGAAUCUACAAAUAAUUCAACGGAUUGACGAUGACGAUGAAAUGUACAGAAAUCAAUCGAAUGAUGACAAAAACGAUUAUACAAUUGAUUAUUAUGUGUAUGCGAGUGGCACCAAAUUCAAAAAGAAACAACCGGGUGAACCAACAUUUCGUGUUUGUGUCGCCAGUGCGAAAUCAAAAACUCCACCAGCAUUUCAUGAUUUUUCUAAAAUAUUCCACGAGUCAAAUGAAAGAAGUAAUAUCAUGUUUGCUAUUGUCGAAGACGCAAAUAUCGUAUUUAUUUCUCGACAAGAAGUUAAUUUUCAUGAGUUAAAUGUGAAAAUUAUCGGGGUUAAUUGUUGA